UUGCCUACAGGGUUCGCUCCCGGCGGGGUUCGACGGGCGGAGUCCUGGGCUCGCGCGGCUCCCUUGGCCUUUCGUGGGGCCCGAGCGGAGGGGUGCGGAUCCCUUUCGAGCCUUUGAACGGGUCGUGAGUCCCUAGACGGUGGCGUGCCCUGGUCGCCCGCCGGCCCGCGGCCUCUGCGGGCCUCAGGAGCAGCCCUGGUCUCCGCGUUCACGAGGGCGGCGCCCGGCUCUGGGGCGGCUUGUUCGCGGAGGCCGGCGGUCAGCCGAGGUCGCCCGGCCCAGGCGGGCGGAGACGAGGGUCAGCGGGCCGCCCCGGGCUCGCCUCUCCCAGGCGGCCUGGACCACAGCUCCCAUCAUGGCGGCGCCGACCCACCGGACCCAGAAACGGAGGCUCAGAGAGAUGAAGUGAUUGAUGUCUCCAAGGUAACACAGCUGGCAAGUGUCGGGUUUCAAGAGUUUGGAUGCAGACCACGGGAGACUGACAAAAGAACUGGGGACUUUUAGUCGCUUUAACCAGGAUAUGAAGCCCUCAGCAUGGGCCAGGCAGUUAGCAGGACCAGGGAGGCGCAGGUGUCUGUGACCUUCGAUGACGUGGCUGUGACCUUCACCCAGGAGGAGUGGGGGCAUCUGGAGCCGGCCCAGAGGACCCUGUACCAGGAGGUGAUGCUGGAGACGUGCAGGCUCCUGGUGUCUCUGGGGUGUCCUGUCCCCAGACCUGAGCUGAUCUACCAGCUGGAGCAUGGGCAGGAGCUAUGGACGGUGAAGAGAGACCUCUCCCGAAGCACCUGUCCAGGAUACAGCUCAGAAGAAGGGCCAGAGGUAUUCCAAUCACGAAGCUUCCGUGUCUGCAGCGACUCUUUACCUCCAGGAAUCAAUGUUUGGCAGUAUGUGCACGGAGUGUUGGCAACCCAUGAACCUCACCAGAGCCCGGUUGACAAAGGAAAACCCAAGACCACAGAACCUACCAGUUGUGAACCAACACUGUUUGAGGGAGCCUUUCUCCAGGAACUGACACAGAGAGGCCCAGGGGACUCCCAGUUGGGACAAACCAAGGAUCGGGAUGGGCCGCUGGAAAUGCAGGAAGACCACUUUGUACCAGGGAUCAACCCCCAGAGGGAGAAGCUUCAUGAAAAAAUAAGUCCUGAACAUGGCAGCUUAAAGACAGCUGGUAGUGUGUGUUCAAGGGUCGAAGAGGAGCCAGUCCCUCUAGGGAGUGCUGUCCAUGACCACGACUCCUGUAGAUCAGGUAAAUAUCCCGUGAUUCAGGAAGAGGAAAGUCUCUUCAAAUGCAACGAGUGUGGGAAAGUUUUUAACAAGAAACACCUUCUUGCUGGACAUGAAAAGAUUCACUCUGGAGUGAAGCCCUAUGAAUGCACUGAGUGUGGGAAAACCUUCAUUAAGAGCACACACCUUCUGCAGCACCACAUGAUCCACACUGGGGAGAGGCCCUACGAGUGCAUGGAGUGCGGCAAGGCCUUCAACCGCAAGUCCUACCUGACACAGCACCAGCGGAUCCACAGUGGGGAGAAGCCCUACAAGUGCAGUGAGUGUGGAAAGGCCUUCACCCACCGCUCCAAUUUUGUCUUACAUAAGAGGAGACACACUGGGGAAAAAUCCUUUGUGUGCAAAGAAUGUGGGCAGGUCUUCCGACACAGGCCCGGAUUCCUUCGCCAUCACAUCAUCCACAGUGGCGAGAAUCCAUAUGAGUGCUUCGAGUGUGGCAAGGUCUUCAAGCACAAGUCCUACCUCAUGUGGCACCAGCAGACCCACACUGGGGAGAAGCCCUACGAGUGCAGCGAAUGUGGGAAAGCCUUCUGUGAGAGCGCAGCCCUCAUUCACCACUACGUCAUCCACACCGGGGAGAAGCCCUUCGAGUGCCUCGAGUGCGGGAAGGCCUUCAACCACAGGUCAUACCUCAAGAGGCACCAGCGGAUCCACACUGGGGAGAAGCCUUUUGUGUGCACCGAGUGUGGAAGGGCCUUCACCCACUGCUCUACUUUCAUCUUGCAUAAAAGGGCACACACUGGCGAGAAACCUUUUGAGUGCAAAGAAUGUGGGAAAGCCUUUAGCACUAGGAAAGACCUCAUUCGGCACUUCAGCAUCCACACUGGAGAGAAGCCUUAUGAGUGCACGGAAUGUGGGAAGGCCUUCAACCGCAGGUCUGGCCUCACCAGACACCAGCGGAUUCACAGUGGAGAGAAGCCCUAUGAAUGCAUGGAGUGUGGGAAAACCUUCUGCUGGAGCACAAACCUCAUUCGACACGCCAUCAUCCACACUGGAGAGAAGCCCUACAAGUGCAGUGAGUGUGGGAAGGCCUUCAGUCGCAGCUCCUCGCUCACUCAGCACCAGAGGGUUCAUACUGGGAGGAACUCUGUCAGUGUGACAAAUGUGGGAAGACCCUUCACAAGUGGGCAAACCUCUGUCACCCUCCGAGAACUCCUACUGGGGAAAGACUUUCUGAAUGUAAACCCAGAGGAAAAUCUUUUGCAAGAGAAAGUAUCUACUGUGACAUCUGAUCGUACAUACCAAAGAGAAACCCCUCAAGUAUCUUCGCUUUGAGAAAACCUGUCAGAUCAUCCAUAGUUGUGUCAAGAUCUGUUUUAGAAAUUGACCCAGCGUGGAGCCUUUUUCUGCAUCUGAGAAUUCAUUCUUAAGGGAGAGACCAGUGUUUACUGUGCACUAAGGAAAACUUUAGCUGUGUUUUUCUCCUUGGUUUACACUGUAGUGUUAUCUCAGGAAUUUUUAUAAAAAGAAGAUGGAAACUUAGAUAAGCAGAUGAAAUACAAACACAGUUCCUUUGA